AUGGCUACCCGACGUCAAAUAUUAAGUGAUUGUGAAAUUCAAGGAAUUUUGACUGAUUCUGCUUCUGAAAGAGAGGCUGAAAUUGAAGGUGAUGAUGAAGAAGAAGAUAAUUAUGAGGAUAUGGAAGUAGAUGCACCUGAAGAAACUUCUAUCAAUUUUUCUGCGAGUAAUCGUCGAACAAUACGAAAUCAAAAUGUACCUUCUUCAGUAUGA